AAUUAGAUUAAGAAUAAUUAUUUUCACUUUUUUGCAUCCUUGUACUGGCAGAUCUGCUAUUUUGCUUAUUCUUUCUUGUUAUGCAUUUGAAGUGUCUAAAUGCAUCUUUAAAUUAUAUUAUUUCAUCUGGAAUAGGUGGGGUCAUGACAAAUUUCCAAAUGACACACCUUUUGUUUUUUAUCAUGCUGGCCAACAGAUACUUCCUUCCCUUGGUUUGUUUGAUGGAUUUAAAGUUGUUCUUGAGAAUAUGGUCUCAUAUAUACAAAAGGAAGUUCCUGGCAAGACAUUCAAGUUUUGGCGUCUGCAAUCACAGCGGCAUUUUUAUGGCAUUGAGUGGAACCAAAAUGGAAGUUGCUUGUUCAGUGAGGCCCUCAACGAAAAUGAGCUUGAUUUGUGGUUUGAUCCCAGCAAAAAUGGAGUUAAUAAAGAAGCAAGACAAAUUGAUCAUGCAAUUGAACUGACAUUGAAAUGCACGGAUAUCCACUCGCUGGGUCUAACUCAUUUGAGCGAUUAUAGAGCACAUGCACACCCUUCAAUUUGGUUUGGGAAGAAGGAUGCCAAUGGCAAUCUGGGGUCAGAAUUGCAUGCAUUGGUGCCUACCUGGUGUUCCUGACGCAUGGAUUGAUAUAUUGUCAGAGCUUAUCUGUUAAGGCAUUUUGAAGAACCGAUAAAGAGAGAAGGCAACAUUAACAAGUUAUAUCCAGACUUUAAUUAUUUUGCGGAUUUCUGUACAUUACACAAUAAAAUGCUGUGUAGUUUCAUGGACUAAGUUAUAGAAUCAGGCAAUCAGAAUACAAGCUGGUGUUUUAGACAGACUUCCUUGAGAUAUACUUCCAGUAGAUUCAGAUCAAAAAAGCUUCCCGCUACGUCCUUUUUACUUUGACGUUCUGAAGGGAAACAAAUUUAUUCCCAGUUGUAAGUUGACAAAAAAAAAAAAAAAAAAAACGAAAGAA